AUGGCGGACCGACUCCCUGCCUCGCCCCCGGUAAAACUCCGGAACGUCGACGGUAUGAAAGCAACCCGGUUUUCCUCACGAUGGCUCAAACGACGGAUAGCCAUCAUCAUGAUUUUCUCCGGCAGCACCGUGUUACUGUUUUGGUACUAUGGUGCUUUUGCUUAUGCGAGACCGACCACGCCACAAUCGCCCAGUCCGCCAACUUAUGAGACACCAGAUCAGGAUUUGCUCAUCAGCCUCCCGGAAUAUGGAACGUUCCAAGGCACCAAGUUGAUGACCAACUUGAAGAAGACGGUUGAGUUCAGCAGCGCCGUGGAUGCAUGGUUGAAUGUUGAAUAUUCUACACAGCCUGUUGGGGAGGGGAGGUUCAAGCCAGUAACAUGGCCAGCGGCAUUUGACGGCACAAAGGACGCGACCAGCAUAGGCCCAGCAUGUUUUCAGGACAUGUACAGUUCGCUUGGCCAGUCGGAAGCUUGUCUUACUCUCAACAUUUACCGACCUUCACAUAUUCCCAUGGACACCAAGCUCCCGUCCUUUGUCUACCUGCAUGGUGGAGCUUUCGUGUCAGGCUCCCACAAGAGUUUUGAUGGCGCACUAUUUGUUGAGAAGAGUGCGGAACCUCUUAUGGUAAUCACUGUCCAGUACCGACUAGGUGCAUUGGGCAGUUUGCCCGGAAAGUUCAUGGAAGAAGACGAUCUUUUGAACCUUGGGAUCAGGGAUCAGAGAAUGGCUUUGGAGUUCUUGCAAAAGUACAUCGACGAGUUUGGAGGCGACAAAGACCAGAUCACACUCGGUGGGCAGAGUGCAGGUGGCCACGCGGUCGGCAUUCACCUUUACCAUGACUAUGGUUCUGAUGCUGGCAAUUCCUUGUUUAGCAAGGCAAUUAUAUCCUCUGGCUCACCAACCGCACGUGCCUUCCCCGGCGUUGACUUUCCGCUCUACCAACGCCAAGUCGCAGAUUUCAUGAACUAUCUGAAUUGUCCCGAAACGCCCAGCUCUGCGGCUCUUGAAUGUCUCCAAGGUGCCGAAGCCCACGACAUUCAGUUCAUCUCCUCUUCAGUGUUCAGCGCACAUAACCGCAACCUCACUUGGCCUUGGCAGCCCGUGUCCCCGGGUCCUCUCUUCGAGAAGCGUGGGUCCACAUCAGGCGCGGAUGGCACAUUCUUCAAGAUUCCCCUCCUAAUCUCCUCCGUCACGGAUGAGGGAUACGGCUUUGUACCGCAAGAUCUGCAAACAAACGAAGAAUUCGUCAACUACUGGAAGACGCUCGUCCCAGGCCUCUCAGCUCAAGAUCUCGUUGACCUCCAAGCCUUAUAUCCCGAGGAAAAGCCAGAGGCUGGUACCAUGAGCUACGUCUCCGGCCAAUACCAGCGGUUGGCAGAAUCGUACGGGGACUAUGCAUACAUCUGCCCCGUGCAGCUCACUGCCAUUGACUUUUCCAAGACUUCAGCGCCCGUUUACAAAGCGCGCUUCGACACUCCAAACUUUACUCCAACAUACCAAGGUGUGCCUCAUGCCAGCGAUUCAUCAUAUUUCCAAGGCUUGCCCAAUACACAGUUCCCGGAAAUCUCCGAGGUCUACCCUGCUUACUGGGCGAGCUUUAUUGUUACAGGCAACCCAAACACGCAUCGCUUAGGCAGCACCUCUGAGUGGGAGAGGUAUGAGGGUGCUGGAACAGACGAGCUGGUAGUUAACCCUCCGAUGAAGGGAGGCGUGAAGAUGGAAAAGGAGGGUACAGCGAUUAGGUUGGAACAGUGUGCUUGGUGGAAUGAUCCUGAGAGGGCGGCUAGAUUGAACAAGUGA